ACCGCAGUUGUUUUAUUUUUGUCACAACAUGUUAAUAAAGUACUAUUUUAAAUUUAUUUAUUCUCAAUUAAUUAUUGUAUAUAAUGAAAAUAUUUUAAAAUUUUAAAAAGUCUCGAGCAAAAAUGGCUUCCGAAAUAUUUACGGUCGAUGGAAAACAACUGGAAUUUAAUCUCAUUGGUUUUGAAUUCAACGAGUAUCACGCGCUUGCAACUUCUAUCGAGCGUCAUGGCGGUGAAAUCACUUUACCGCAAUCAUUUAAUGCCAAUGGAAUAACAAUUAUCAAUCCUAACACUUGUCAUUCUGUAAAUUAUCUACAUGACAGUAUUAAUAGUGGCUCGCUGGCCGAGUUAGAAAACUACUGCAUCAGUAAUCUUAUCAGUAAUUUUAGUCAUGGCGAAAGUACAAUUUCGAAUGAACCAGGAAUAAAAACAAAUAUCAGUGAUGAAGAGGAUAAUGGAGAUAAAAAAAUUUCAGGUACUCCAUUAUCUAGUAGCCUAUUCGCAGAAGAUCUUUGCCCAGCAGAAUCACCAGAUCUUUUAGCUUCGGAAGAUGACUCCCUUGCUACUGAUGACGAAAUUUCUGGUGAUGAUGGAAGUAGUACUAAUGUUUCAAUAGUCACGAACAGUGAUGUGACAUUCGAUGAAGAAAUUGAUGGUAUAAAUUCAGCAUCAAAAGAAAAAAAUCCACUUACAAAACUUGUGUGUAAAGAAGUAGUAGUGCGAUGCGAAAAAUUAAUAAUUGAUAAACCAGAAGCACCCGUGGUACGAAAAAAGUUGUCGUCCAUUGAAGAAGUCACUGAAAAUUCAAUGUCAGAAAAAACACCAGAAAAUAAUCAUAGAGAUGUAGAAAAUUUAUCAGUAUCACAGAGCGAAGAAGAUGAAGUUGUAAAGGAUUCAGAUGAUGAUAUGUUUAUAACAUAUGAAAAUAAAAAGAAAUCACGUAGAAAUACUGAAUCAUCUGACGAAUCUUUCUAUGAAAAUUUUGAUAAUUCUUUGUCCGAGAGAUCCAGUGAAUUAAGUAUAGAUUCUAAUGCAUCUGAUACAUUUCCGGCGAGAAAAAAGAAAAAAAUGAUACAUUUAUCUAGUGAAAGUUCUUCUGAUCGUGAUUAUUCUACAAGCAGAUCCAAAAAAGUAAAUAAAGUUGAUCGUUAUAUAAUUCGCUCGAAAACUAGAGCGGCUGAGAAAUCAUGUCCGAAUGAUGGUAAAAAUGUCCAGGGUCCGAAGUCGAGUGCAUCCAAAGAACCUCAGCCAGGAACAUCGGAAGAAAUUAAUACACGUUCUAAGGACUCUGAUAAAAAAACAAUGAUUGUAAUGAAUAAAAAAGUAUAUCCAGGCUCACCGUCGUCUUCCAAUGAUGAGUCAUUUGAGACUAGAAUAAAUAAAAAGCGUUACUCAAAACGAAGGUCACCAAGAAACAAUAAUUUGUCAAGUAAGCCGCGCAUUAACACGGAUCCAGAUGUAGAAAUACUGGAUGAUGAUUCGGAUAUUGAUGAAAUAGUCAGAAGUCCGUCGAAAAAGUCUCAUUCGAAAAAACAUUCAGCAAAACCUGAUAGCUUACCUGCUAAAUCAUCUGCUGCAGACAGUUCGACUAAAUCAACGAACCCAAAAUAUAAUAAACUUGAAGUGAAAAAAGAAUAUCGUAAGAAAUUUAAGUCUAAAAUUAAUCCCAAUGGAGAUAUCAUAGAUAUAAAAGAUAGUGGUUCAGGUUCAGAUGAUAAUUCUAUAGAUGAAUCAGUCAACAAUCGCAUUAAGUGGUUGGAAGAACGUAUAAAUGUUGAAUCCCAUAUGUUGAAUCCAAAAAAUAAAUCUGACAAGAGUAAAUCAUAUGAACCAUGGGAACAGACCGGGAUGCUGUGGUACCUGAUUAAAAAUAACCGACUUCAUGAGGCGAAAUCUAUGAAGGUUUGGCAAGAUAUGAUUGAUGAAGGUUAUUUGACCAAUCGUUCUGCGAGGGGACUACUUUCCUCUUUUCGCAGUAUGCUCAACAAACUCGAAGAUUAUAAUUUGCCUGAAAAUAUCCGCAAGCAAUUAGCGAAUUCCCAUAGUUAAAAAAAAGUCUUUAUUUUUUAAACUAGUAGAAAAUUUUGUUAAGUUUUUAUAUAUUACUAAAGUGAUUAUACUCAAAUGUAAAUAA